CGGCUCCUUUAGGACCCAGAUUGAAGCAAGAUGGCGAGCGCGUGGAAUGAAAAUCUGUGUGCCUAGCCACAGGUUUUAGGGGCAGUUUCUCUUCACAAUAUCGUUUUUCAAAUCACUUGCUAAGGAUUAUGGCGGCAGCAGUAAAAUGGGUGAUAUCAAACAGAACUAUCUGGAAGCAUUUAUUUCCAAUCCAAAAUGGAGCUUUAUCUAGUGCUUGUCACAAAUCGACGUAUUCUUCUCUUCCAGAUGACUACAAUUGCAAGGUCGACCUGGCUUUGACAUCCGACGGCAGGACAAUAGUGUGCUACCACCCAUCCGUGGACAUCCCCUACGAACACACCAAACCCAUCCCUCAACCAGAUCUUCUCCAUAAUAAUGAGGAAACCCACGAGCACAUACUGAAGACCAAGUUAGAAGGAAGGCGCCGGCAGCCGGACCAAGGGGCCAUGAUAGAACAGCUGAGCAAGGUGUUCUUCACCACAAAGCAUCGCUGGUACCCGCUCGGACAGUAUCACAGACGUCGUAAGAAACUGAAUCCUCCCAAAGACAGGUGACUGCUCUCGAUUCUCUGAGCAUUGAGGAAGUUUUGCUCUGUGUCUUAUUUGCCAGCUGAGAAAAUGUACAUGGUGUGUUCAUUAAGAUGGUACAUAGGAAAAUAAUAAAAAUACCCUUUUAUGUA